CACUCGCAUCAAGUAAAGUGCAGUGAGUGCAUCGGGACAAGUCGGGAGCUGGAAAACAUUAGAAAAUGUCAAUCAUUUUUUCUCGUCAAUAAAUUUAUCGGUUUCUGGUAGAUUGUGUUGCAGAUAACCGGUUAAAAAUGGACACAGAUACAAUCCCGGAUGUUCCAAAUGACAACCCGGAAACCUACUGCAGGCUAUGCUUUUCUGGCUUCUAUGUGGAGCCGUUGUUUCCGAUCGAUUCCGAGCCAAAGCAGAGCCUAAUCGAUCUCAUCAGCAAGCAUGUUGAAAUUUACAUUACACCCGAGACGGAUUUCCUCUGUUCUGUUUGUCGAAUGUGCCAGAUGACGCUGGAGGGCUUUGCCAAAUAUCGCGACCGCUGUCGCCAAUUGGACGAGGUCUUGCAGCGCAAGCGGAUGGAUAUGUUGCAGGUUCGGGUGAAGGCGGAACAGCAGGAAGAAUUAACGCAGAAUGCGAUGGGUUUUGAACAGGAUACGAUUUACUGUUUGAGUGACACAGACGACGAAGAGUUGGAUGAUGAAAACGUGCGAUCGACCGAUGAACCGCCGGAAGAGGAAGAAGAAGUGAUCGACGAGGAGGUUGAAGAGGAGCUGAUCAAGGGAGACAUUCUGAUCAAGCCUGAACCGUACGAUAAUGAGUAUGGCGAAAAUCAUCCACAACAGACCCCGACAAUGGGUGAAGAAGAUGUAGUCGUUCUUGAUUCGGAAGAGGAGGAACAGUCAAUGGAGGAUUCUACCAGGGCAAGCAGUGAGGCACGAGGAGAAGAGCAUGUCAAAGAAGAACCGACGAAACCUUUGCCAUUUGAGGUCACGACUGACGGUGCGUAUGGUUGCACAAUUUGCCAGCAAACAUUCCGCUUGAUGAAGGAAAUUAAGGGUCACAUUCGCAAGGAUCAUCCUCAGGAAUCACAGAUAUAUUCCUGCAAAUUUUGUCAGAAGAAGUUCUCCGACACAGGUUCACUGCGGGUGCACACCCGGUUUCAUACAAUGGAUUUCCCGUUCUCUUGCGAUGAUUGUGGCGCUAAAUUUACAAUGAAACAACGACUAGAGAAACAUGUGGCUCGCUACCACGAUAAGGAAUCGCCAAGUUAUACAGAUAAGCGUUUCACAUGUACACUCUGUCCUCGUGUCUUUCUUCAGGAACAAGCACGGAACAUGCACAUUAUUCACUUUCAUGAGGUCAAACCAGUGGAUGCAGCAGUGGAACCCAGUUUACCGGUAGAGCAGGUGUUCUACUGUGAAGUUUGCCAGGAACCGUUUGAAACGUGUAGUGAACAUUUACAGGAACGCCACCCUGGAGCAGGUAAGGAGGGUGGUGAACCAAGACCGAAAAUCACUAAACGUUAUAAGUGCGCCGAUUGUCCUAAACUAUUUCGCCAUCGGACUGCUUUCCGAUCCCAUGUGAUGAUCAAUCACGGAACGAUGCCCCACAAGUGUGACAUUUGUGGAAGCUGUUUCGAGAGAAGAACAAAACUGAUACACCAUAAAGAGCGCUGGCAUGGUGAAAACGCCAAGAAUAAAGUCCUGGAGCGGUACAAAUGCGAUCAUUGCGAGCGAUUCUUUGUUAGGAAUCAAGACCGAUUCAGGCACGAGCAGAUCAUUCAUAGCAUAGAAUCACCGGCUAAACUACCAACAGUGUGGGAGGGACGAAAGAGCAAUUUCCCCUGUGCCAAGUGCGAUCGAAAGUUCCCAUCAAUGAAAACGAUGAGAAUACACUUUGCAUUGAAACAUCCGGAAGUUCCAGUCAGAUUCAAGUGUACUGUAUGUUCCAAGCUGUUCAAACACAAAACUUCCCUGCGGGAUCAUAUGGUAAAUCAUACUGGACAGCAACCAUACGGUUGCGUACAUUGUGAGGAGCGAUUUGUCCGUAAGAAGGACAUGGAACGUCAUUUGGAAGGGGUUCAUGGAGCAGAGGGAGCAGACAGUUCGGAGCAGAAAGAGCGAUUUGCUUGUAAGUACUGUCCGCGAACGUUACUCUCGAAGACAGCACGAUAUCUGCACGUGAAACAUAAUCACGCUGACAAGGAACCGAUUUCAAAGCAAGUUUUACUUUCACUACCCGAUUCUCUCACCUGUAGCCACUGCAAAAAAACUUUCACUAGCCGGAACACUCUGAAGCUACAUGUCCUUAAUCACCUGGGCAAGUUGCCACACCAGUGCGAUACGUGUGAUGCCGGAUUCUACAAACCGGCCGAUUUGCUGAAACACAAACAACGCUACCACUCCGCAGGAUCCUCUGUCAGUUUGGCCAGUCGCUUCAAAUGCGCCUAUUGUCCCCGUAUCUUUAUCCGAAAAUCGGCUCGACGCUACCAUCAUACUGUUUUCCACGGCAUGGAAUCAAGAAAGAACGUAUUAACACCAUCAUCCCGCCCCACUGGUUCCGUUAGAAAACGCAUUAAAGUCGACCCGGAUAUGGAACAUCCAUGCGCCCUCUGUUCGUUGGUGUUUGUCACUACUAGCAUGCUACAGACUCAUCACCAGCAGCAGCACCCCGAGCAGGAUUUCUUCUAUAAAUGUCCACACUGUCCGAAACGAACUGUACACCGCAACUCGUACCUGUCGCACAUCAAGGUUCAUAUUGGAGGUUAUCGACAUCCGUGCGAUGAAUGUAACGCUCAGUUCGAUCGGAAAGUAGCUCUGGUCAACCACAAGAGACGUUAUCAUGGCGAAGCUGCCAAGAGCAAUUUGCGCUUCUACUGCACUCUGUGUAAUAGAGAGUUUGUGCGCAAUCAGGAUCGCGUUCGUCACCAGAUAGCCGUACAUAACUACCAGGUGCAGGGGAGCAAUGCCAACCCAAGCCCGGGUCCAUCGAAACCCUCGUUAUCUUCAGCUAAAACAAAGGUCGGCAAAUUGAAGGUGAAGCAGGAACGAAUUGUAGCAGAUCACACUAAUUUGGAGGGACCCAUAGAUGAGCCUAACCAAUCAAGUGAGAUCGUACCCUCAGACAGCAAAACGAAUAAGAAGAAGGGCUUUGUUGUUGACAGUGAUGUCGAAGAUUAUGGUGAAAUAGAUGACGGAACACUGCACCAGGAACGCGUUGAUGAAGGAGAUGGCGAGGUAAGUGAGGAGGCUAUAGUGCCGACAAUUUCUAGCGUAGUGUCCAUUAAGCAAGAAGCAAUUGCGUCGCGGAAAGGAUACACUGAUUAUCCAUCAGAGUUUUAACCAGACUCCCGAUAGAUUUAAGAUUACAGAUGAAGCAGGAUGCAUUUAUUCUGAAUAAAGUUUUGCGGAUUUGAGAAAUUCGGA